AUGUCAUCCUUCCGCAUCCCCUCAAACCCUGGCCCCUCGAAUCCCAACAUGCCGUUCCAAUCACCCUCACAGGCCCGCGAGUCCAUCUUCACAGAAGCCAUGCGCGACCGCCAGGCCCGCGGCAAGGAUCCAUAUCGCAAGCCAGGGCCCGUGGCGCCCGUUGUGCCCGCUGCCACUCAGCCCAUGUCGCAGGCUGACCUAGACCAGGUUGCUGAGGACGAGAUGAAUGCGCGGGAAGCUAGGCUUGGUCAAAUGCCGCGAAAAGAGGGUUUUGAAGAGCAGGAGCAGCGGGGGUUUGCACUGAGCGUGCUGGAUUGUCCGGAGCGGUUGCUCAUGUAUGCGCAGUCGCGUGAUGAUAGCAUAGCUGGCCAGCGGUUAAAGUUUACAGCGCUCAUGUGUGGUUUCCGAGCAGAGGAUAAGCCUGCCAAAGAAAAGACUACAUGA